CCCGUCGGGGCGGCCGAGGGGCGGCCGGGGCGGGGCGAUGCCGGGCAGUGGUGGUGGCAGCGGCCCCGGCCGGGGCCCGUGACCAUGGGCAUCGCGGAGUCUACGCCGGAUGAGCUGCCGUCGGACGCCGAGGAGCAGCUGCGCAGCGGCGAGCAACAGCUGGAGUUGAGCGGGCGGCGGCUGCGGCGGCUGCCCAGCGCAGUGUGCGCGCUGAGCCGCCUGCAGAAGCUGUACGUGAGCGGCACCGGGCUGCGCGAGCUGCCGGAGGAGAUCGAGGAGCUGCGCGAGCUGCGCAUUCUGGCGCUCGACUUCAACAAACUCGAGCGCCUGCCCGACGGCCUGUGUCGCCUGCCGCGCCUCACGCGCCUCUACCUGGGCAGCAACCGGCUGCUGGCACUGCCCGCCGACUUCGCGCAGCUGCAGAGCCUUCGCUGUCUCUGGAUCGAGGGCAACUUCCUGCGGCGUUUUCCGCGACCGCUGCUGCGCCUGGUGGCGCUGCAAUCGCUGCAGAUGGGCGACAACCGGCUGCGCGCGCUGCCCGCGGAGCUGCCGCGCAUGACGGGCUUGCGUGGCCUCUGGCUCUACGGUAACCGCUUCGAGGAGUUCCCGCCAGCGCUGCUGCGCAUGGGCCGCCUGCAUAUCCUCGACCUCGACCGCAACCGCCUGGGAGGCUUCCCCGACUUACACCCGUUGCGCGCGCUGCGCGUCUUCUCUUACGACCACAACCCGGUCACCGGACCCCCGCGCGUCGCGGACACGGUCUUCCUUGUGGGCGAAGGCGCCGUGGAGCGCAUGGCGGAGCGCGAUGAGCCUACGCCGCGGCCGCUCCCCAGGCGCCCGGCACGGGCCUUUGAGGAUGAGGAGGAAGAAGACCUGCUCAUAGGCGGCGCUGGCUCCCGGGUCCUGGCGCACCCGGGGGGCAACCUCCGCGCUCUGGAAGGCCCUCCAGGACUGGGCACCUGAACCCCUGCGCUGGGUGGUGGGCUUCGGUCACUCUGGAAGGACGGCCUUCGGAAGACUAUGGCUUCCUGGGUCUGUAGGACGGGUGGGAACCUACUUGGGGCAGUGAAGAAGCCUCUUUGGGCUGGCUGUUGGGUACAGGCAGGCCUGGGGGCCAUCUUCAGACACUCCUGGGAAUAAGAAGACUGCCCCCUCGUGGAUCUGGGCAGUCUUCAGACCAAGAAGUUUGGGCUCUGUCUCCUCCCUGAUAGAGCCAUUGACAACAAAACAGGUGCCCGUUUCCUCCUGGAACCAGGGGUCACCACUGUCCACGCACGAAUCAUAUCAGUCACUGAAUCUGGAUGCCCAGGGUACCCACCACCCUCCUGGGGUUUGGAUCUCCUAGGCCCACCUUUUCUGGUGCCAGAGCUGCUACCUCUGGGGUGAACUGUGUAGGGUAGAACUGCCCUUGGGGGGAGGUGCUGCCCAGGUCAGGGCCUGGGAGCCCUGGCCUGUGCCCAAGAUAGAAGUAGGAGACAGAUUGAGGCCUAAGGCCACAGCUGCCCCCACCUCUCACCAGGGCUCCUCAUACCUAGCUCCCUCCUCAGGCGCCCUAAUAUUUGUAUGGGGCCAAGAAGGCAGGGCCUCCUCCGCCAACCUUCAUUCUGGUCUCUUCUCCCAGCAUGUACCUGGACUCUUGCUGGGCAGAGAGAGCUCUCCCUCCCUUUCCCACAGCUUUGAGCCUUCAGCUGUCAAGAUUGAAAAGAAGCCACUGUGCCUCCAGGGCCUCCUGCACUGAAGAGAGGGGCUCUGUGCCUGGGAGGCUGCUCCAGGCCUCUCCUGCUGCCUGCACUCUCCAUUCCCUUAAAUGGGCACAGCCAGUGUGGCUGGCACGGCAUGGGGCACGGGAUGGGCACUGUGUGCCUCCACUCCGUCACCAGGGACAGCCUCAAGGGGGUGAGGAGAGGGGCCUUGCUCUGCAAUUCCCAGGGCCAGCUCUUUCCCAUCCAAGCAAUAACAGGAGGAGGGGGCCAGGGCCAAGGACACUCAGGGACACUGUCAGGGGCAGUGGCCCCACAUGUUAGUGUUUUCUUUAGGAAGAAAAAAAACUGGCUGUAUACAUAAAUUAUAUUUCUUGGAGAAAGAA